CGUCAUUGUAGCACAAACGUCACUAUGGAGGCUGCAGCGCAACGGACUUCCAAUAAUGUCAGGAGCAUAACGUGAUCACCAUACAUAAUGUAAGAACUCAUUGGAUAUGGCUGAUUUAAAAUGAACAAGGCAUUGUCCGGUGGAGUUGGACUGUCAGAUGAGGAGAUAGAACUCAGGAAACGAGGUUACGCUCUUGGAAGCACACUCGGAGAAGGUUCUUAUGGAAAAGUUAAAGGAGCGUUUAGUGAGAGUAAUCGAAAACGGGUUGCAAUAAAAAUUAUUAACAGAAAGAAAGCACCAAAAGAUUUUAGAGAAAAGUUUCUACCUCGAGAAUUAAAGAUACACGCUAGCUUAAAUCAUCCAAAUGUUAUUAAGAUGUACGAAAUAAUGGAAUUUCACAAUAAAGUAUAUAUUGUAUUAGAGCAUGCUGGACAUGGGGAUCUUUUGGAAUACAUAAAGCUUAGAGGAGCCUUUUCUGAUGAACAAGCUAAAGUCAUCUUUCGGCAAAUUAUCCGGGCCAUUGAUUACCUUCACGACAAUAAAGUGGUUCAUAGGGAUAUGAAAUGUGAGAAUAUUUUAUUGGAUCAACGAAAUACUGUGAAGGUAUCUGACUUCGGAUUUGCUCGUGAAAGCGAGGCUGGUGAUAUCAGUAAAACGUUUUGUGGUAGCGCAGCAUAUGCAGCACCUGAGAUUUUACAAGGAGUUCCCUAUCAUUGUCCCAUGCAUGACAUCUGGAGUAUGGGUGUUAUACUAUAUAUUAUGGUUUGUGCUUCAAUGCCUUAUGAUGAUUCAAAUUUAAAGAAAAUGAUUAAAGACCAAAUAGAACGAAAAGUUGCAUUUUCAAAGUCGAAAAAGAUAGCCGUGGAAUGUCAAGAUUUGAUUCAUCGAAUUUUAGAAGCAAACGUCAAGAAAAGAGCGUCCAUAGCAGCCAUGGAUGAACAUCCUUGGAUACGUAGUCUAGAUAAGGUCAAGGAAAAGGAAAAAGAAACACAUAGUUCUGAACGACGUGUAGGAACAGAAGGAGAAAAGUUAAAUUUAGACUGGCGUAAAAAUGAGGUCAAAUCAAGUGCAUAGUUGCAAUAUAUGUAGUAUCAAUUAUUAUA